GCUGCCCAACCCGGGUACGAGUCCCGGCAGCUGGGGAGGAGGCGGCGGCUGCUGGCCCCGGCUCCCCUCGGCCGCCUCGCCAGCCCGAGGUUGGCGGGGAGGGAGCAGCUGGGCAGACCUCGGAGCCCCUGGGAGGACAAUGCACCCGGCGCUCAGCAACCCUCGCGCGGUCUCAUCCUCGUCUGGCUCCUUUCCGCCGCCCCCUGCCGCCGCCCGGCUACAGCCCCUCUUCCUCCGGGGGGGUUCCUCCCGCGGCCGGAGAGGCUCCGGCGACAGCAGCACCAGCACCAGUACCAGCCGGGGGGGAGGAGGCGGCAGACGCGGCGGGGGCGGCUGCUCCCCAAGCAGCAGCACCGGCGCAGAGAGAGAGGAAGACGACGAGAGCAUCAGCAUCAGCAAGCCACUGGUGCCGGCCACCGCCGCCGCGCUCCCGGGACCCCUGGCUCAGGGGGGCGCAGCGGCCGCCGACUCCGCGCCGGGCGCCUUCUCCUCCUCCACUGCCACCACAUCCUCCACUUCCACGCCCACCUCCUCUUGCAGCAUGACGGCUGCGGACUUCGGCGGGGGCGCAGCGGCUGGGGCCGUCGGGGGCUCAGGGGGCCGCUCCGCCGGGGGCGCGGGCGGUACCGGGACUGGCAGCGGGGCUUCCUGUUGCUCGUGUUGCUGCUGCUGCGGCCGCCCGGCCCGGUCUGGCCGCAGGGGUCGGCGUCGCGGCUGCACCCCAAGCCCGGGGUGCCGCUGGGGCUACCAGGCGCUGUCCGUGGUGCUACUGCUGGCGCAAGGCGGUCUGCUAGACCUGUAUCUCAUCGCCGUCACUGACCUGUACUGGUGCUCCUGGAUCGCCACCGACUUGGUGGUAGUGGUGGGUUGGGCCAUCUUCUUCGUCAAGAACAGCCGGGGCCGUCGGGGCGGCGCGGUGACUGUCGCGCACAACCACCAUCAGCACCACCACCACGCUGCGCCUCCUCUGCACCUGCCCGCUGCCUCAACAGCCUCUGUUGGGGCCCCGGCCGGGGCCAAGGCGCGCGGCGGACGCGCGAGCGCCGGAGGCCCAGGGAGCUGCCCGGGGGCGACCGGGACGGCGGGGGAGUUCGCCUUCGCCUACCUGGCCUGGCUCAUCUACUCCAUCGCUUUCACGCCCAAGGUGGUGCUUAUCCUCGGCACGUCCAUCCUGGACCUCAUUGAGCUGCGCGCGCCCUUCGGCACCACCGGCUUCCGCCUCACCAUGGCGCUGUCGGUGCCCCUGCUCUACAGCCUGGUGCGGGCCAUCAGCGAGGCGGGCGCGCCCCCAGGUUCUGCGGGACCCCUGCUCCUGCAGCCCCAGCAACACCGCGCUGCUGGCUGCUUCUUGGGCACGUGUCUAGAUCUGCUCGACAGCUUUACCCUGGUGGAGCUGAUGUUGGAAGGGCGGGUGCCGCUGCCCGCGCACCUGCGAUACCUGCUUAUUUCUGUCUACUUCCUCACCCUUGCCUCGCCGGUGCUCUGGCUCUACGAGCUCAACUCCACAGCGGUGGCAGCGUCGUCCUGGGGCCAGGCCUCAGGCCCUGGCAGCUGCAGCCGCCUUCUGCGCCUACUAGGUGGCUGCCUGGUGGACGUGCCCUUGCUAGCGCUGCGGUGCCUCCUAGUGGUGAGCUACCAGCAGCCCCUCUCCAUCUUUAUGCUCAAGAACCUCUUCUUCCUUGGCUGCCGAGGCCUGGAGGCCCUAGAGGGCUGUUGGGACCGGGGGAGUCGGACCUCCCCUAGUCGGGCCAGAGGCAGUUAUGGUGCUCCACCUUCUGCCCCACCGCCCCCGCCGCCACCACCUCAGGGAGGUUCCCAGCUGGGCCACUGCAUCUCUGAGAACGAGGGGGGUCCCCAUGGUUAUGUCAACACACUGGCUGUUGCUUCCCAGAAUUGAGGGAGUGAAUGAGAGGGAGCCUUGCUUUGAGGUUGAGGCCCCAGGCCCUAUGGCCUCAGACCUGUUCCCGGGAUUUGGUUAGGCUUUGUUGGGAAGAGGUGACUUUUACUAGGGUUGAGGGCCAGCACAUCCUUUUGCACACUUUAGGUAAAGACAACUCAGAGGGAGCAGUAACCGUGGGGGAGGUGGGUCCACUUACCCUUUGCUCCUUUUUCCAUAUCCUACCCCAGUACUGACCUCCACGGACUGGAUGACUAUGCUUCCUGCUUUCCCUGCCUCACCCAAAUUCCCAUCCAUUGUGGGAGAGAAUGGAGGAAAGGGGGUUAUCCAGGCAGGGGGGCUGCACCUUGGGCCUUCACCAGCAUCUUUUAGGCUGUGGUUUGAGGCCAUUGACCCCAAAUCCACUCUUCUCCUUGUGUAUCUAUUCCAGAAAGUAGAUGAAGAGAGAGGUGGGGGGCGGGGGGGAGGAGGCAUUGUUUCCUUGUGUCUACCCUGUGAUCCUUGCAACCACAAGGGGGGUUGGGGAAAAUUUUGCUGCCCACCCUCCACUACCAUCAAUCUCCUCUUUCCUGCCUGAAUUUUUGACCACGAAUCCCCAGGAGAGUGGGCCUUGGAGUUACACAGUUGCUUUCCUCAAGGGAGAAGCUCUCCCAGGUCUUCCUCAAUUCCACUCCUCCCUUCUUAGCUUGGAAGGAGGGAUCCAUAUUCUAAGGACCAAACAGCACCCAUUCUUGGGUGAGUGAGCAUUUCUACCUCUGUGCUUUCCACUUUGUUGCAUCAUGCACUGAUGCUGCUUGCAAAAAAUAAAGAAAAUAUAAAAGUUGUGUUCAGUGUGGCCCCAGGUCCCAUUGGGGUUUGGUGCCAGUGAUUACAGGGUCUGUGGAGUAUCAGCCAUUGGCUUGCCCAUCUUUUUUCCUCAUCUGCAUCCAGAAUGCUUAUCCUUCCUGUACUGGUGCUGGCUGGGUUAGAACUGGCUCAGAGAAGCAGCUUUAGUGUCUGGAUUGAUGUGAAGUUGGACUUCCCAUGGACCCAGGGGAGUAGGACUCCCAGUCCCCAUCUGUUUCUCCUCCAGGGAACUAGUAUAGAUCAGGAAAGCGGCAGUGACCUUUCUGUCUCUGCUCUGCUUAUAGAACUCACUAGGAACAAGGCAGGCUGCAGAACCCUCCCUGCCUGGCCAGCUUUCCCUCAUACUGUUCCUCUUACCAAGGUGAUGACAAGAGACGAGCAGGGUUGCCCACUUACAAACUUGGGGUGGGACAUCACUCUUGGAAUCCUUGAGGCAGGAUAAGUAUUUUUAGGGGUGGUAAGUGUGCAGGAAGAAGGUAGGGACCAAGGCCAGGAAAUACUCACUUUCCCCCACCCACAAUAGAAUGGGAUGGGGGCAAAAUUUUAGGAAUUUUGGGUUCCCCUUCUUUCUUCUGCUUUGGGAGUUCUAUGUAGUGUAACAAACCCUGGGCCAGGAUCCGGAAGACAUAGAUUCUCGUUCACUCACUGUCUUUGAGUAAUAUAUUAUUUUUACUUUCUUGGCCUCAGUUACCUUCCUAGUGUAGCAUUCUUUGUAUUUAGGUCUCUUGAAAGCCCUGAUUUUAGUGCUCUCUGUAAGGGUAGGUAGGAGAGGAGCCAGCCAGGAUAUACUUGUGGAACAUUCCCUGCUUCUUCUCUGGAUGUGUUUGCAGCCUCAGGCUGGAAGAGCAGGUGCUGUUGGCACCAGGGCUGGGGUGGGCUUGCAGGGUCUUUUCCUACUGCAUUGUCUCUAGCCUUCUCUAGAGUCCUCAGCACAGGGAGGGGCCCAGAGUGCCAAGUCAUGACAGUGCACUAAUCCCACAGCCAGGACACCCAGCCAAAAUAACCUCUUGUUUUGGUUCAGCUGGGAUCCUUUGGAAACCAAGGGGAUGCUUGGGGUUUCUUCCCUCCCAACUGCCUGGGGGCUUGUGGGCAGAAGCCAUCCAUGUGGACAGAUCCGUGAGGGGCUAAAGCUUGACCAGAGUGCUCUGGAGCCUGCCCUGCUCUGCGCCGGCAAGGGUGGGGAAAGGUUUACAGUCAGCACCCUCUGGGCUCUCACCCUUCUUGCACUGCACUGGCUGGCUGGAUUUGACAACAAAUCUGUUCUGCCUUCUCCCCACCCCAAGACUGACUCCCCUUCUUUUCUUUUGAUUGGACUCAAGGUUCUGGGGCCCAGGCCCAGGUGGGAAUUGACAGCUGCUCCUGCUAUUCCCAUAUCUUCUCUCCAGCUUUGCUGUUUUUCUGCUACCUAAUCUCAGUGACUGUGAAAGGACAUUAUGUCUGAGCCAUGGCUGGCCCUGGCUGGCCCCUGACCCACCUUUGUUCUACUCUUUUGAUGGCCAUCUCCCUGCUGAGUGACUGGGUAUGAACUCUGAGUGCUGUUGGGUUUUGGUUGGGGGCGUGAUAGGUUCCAGUGAGCUGCCACUUCCCUGGGUCUGUGGAGAUGAUGGCAAUGGGGCCAAUUCUGGCAGAGGCCCGGCCUGCUCAAGUCCUGCCUAAGGUCCCUUCUCCCCCUCUCACUCCCAGCAUCCUCUUUUAUACAUUGAGCACAAUUAAUUUGUGCUUAGGAGGCAGGUCCCUUCCU